ACAAGUAUAUAAGCAAACCUGGAAACGGUGAAACGUUUGUUUCGCUUUAAGCAAAAGACUGUUCGCUGGUUCGCAAAACACAAACUAAACUUAAUACUUAACUUAAGUCACUUUUAACACGCAUUUUAAAUAGAAAAACAACAAAAACACAAACAAAACAAUGAAAUUAUUCAUUGGUUUGUUAGUUUGCGUCGUCGCAGUGGCGGCAGCACCCCAAAAAGAAGGCGGCGCAUACACGAAUGAAGCAAUUCGUCAGGCGCAGAACACGUUACUCAUACCAAAAGAUGCGCAAAUCCAAAAGGUGCAAGAAGGAAUAGAAAUCGGCGCUUAUGAAAGCAUUCCGGGCAAUCAACGCAUCAAUCUCUUCGAGAUUCUUGGAGAUCAGUUCCCUCCAGAGGUAGUGAACAAUCUUCAACAACAAGUUGACCAAGUUGGCCGAAAUUAAGUCGUUUUUUAUGUGAAUUUUCUGUUUUUCCUUCAACUUUUACAUUUCUUGAGAUUUCUUUAUGUUUUCUUCAUCCUUUCCGCAAAUUUUCUUCAAUUAUUUCGUGUGUAGUUUGUGGUGCAUUUAUUUUUUUACUUUUAUUUUAAUUUUUGAUGAAUUAUUAUUUAUUAAAACUGUAUACUAACGUUUUAUUCUAGUCGAGUACACAACUGUUUACUUUUAUUUUAUUUUUUUACUUUUCAUUCGCUAUUCCUAUGCUAUUCCUUCAAUUUUAAAUAAAUAUCUUGAUAUUCUUCCCUUCCAAGUGCCAACUUAUCUCUUAUCUCUUAUCAAAAUGUCAUAUAUAUUAUUUUUUCAAUCGAUAUGUACAUAUAAAUCUUUGUUUUCUUAUAAAAAGUUAGAAACUUGAAUAAAAAAUGUUUUUGCACGA